UCUUUCGAUAUAAAAUUAAGGGUUUUGUUGAACACAAAUAAAAUAAAAGAUUGCAAAGAGUGUGUUCAUGCACUAAUACUCCCAGUCUCUUAUCUCAAUGCCGUUAUCUACAUCUUCUCCCCAUUCUCUGCUUCUUUUCUUCCCAAUUUGCUAAUUUCUCUUUAAACCAAUUUCAGGGAAAAAAAACCAAACUUUUUCCUUUCCUUCUUCCUUGAAUCUCAAACACAAAACCAGUUCUUUGUUAAAAUCUCAAGAUUUCCUCCCCAACCCAUUUCACCAAAGCUCCCAGUCUCUUCAAAGAUCUGAUUUUUAUUUCUCUUGAAGUGAGUUCUGCCAAUUUUUGUUCGAACAUUGUUUCCAUCUACAGAGCCACGACAACACAAUGUUGAACAAUUCAUGGCCGUUUUGUGCUGUGUAAGCUAUAAAGUUUCUCUCUUUCUCCCUCAAUCUUGCAUUUACCCUCUCUAAUUGCGUCUCUUUCUGUUAGAUUCUCACUGGGUUUUUAUUUCAAUUUUGACUCGAAAAACUUAUGAGAUCUUGAUGAGGGUUGCCAAAAUCUGCCUUGCAAUUGUUUCUUUCACAUUGCCAUUGUUUCUUUCCCUGUCAUUUUCAUUUGCUCAGAUUCCAAUUGAUGAUGAUAUUCCAUCAAGAACACUCGAUUCCGUUCUUCAAGAUUACGCCUUUAAGGUAUUUUCUAAGCCGAAGACAGGUGUACCUUAUGAUGCUCAAUUGCCUAAUAGCCUAAUAGGGGUUCAUGUUUCUGCAUUGAGGCUUAGAAGUGGUAGUUUAAGAACAAGAGGUGUUGAAGCAUACAAAGAAUUUCAGAUCCCACCAGGGGUUGUUGAACAGCCUUAUGUAGAGAGGCUUGUUUUGGUUUAUCAUAACUUAGGAAAUUGGUCUGAGAAAUUUUACCCUUUACCCGGUUACACAUAUCUAGCUCCUGUUUUAGGUCUAUUAUCAUAUAAUGGUGCUGAUUUGAAUGCUCAGAAGUUACCUGAGUUGGAUAUAAGAGCUUCUGAUAAACCAAUUUUGAUCAAGUUCCAUGAUGUGAAAUCAGCACCCUAUGGUUCAUUUCCUAAAUGUGUGUAUUUUGACCUACAUGGUUCGGUGCAAUUCGAUAUCCUACCGUCUGAUAACAUUUGUUCAACAAUGCAACAAGGGCAUUUCUCGAUUGUUGUUGAGUCUAACGCACCGACCCCGGCGCCUGCUGCUGUUGCCGCUACUAUUGAUCAAAGUGGUGGGAAGAAAAAGUUUAAUGUGUGGAUAAUUGUUGGAUCUUUGGUUGGUGGAUGCACAUUGUUGAUACUAUUGAGUUUAUUGGUUGUUAGAUUGGUAAAGAUAAGAAACGGGAUGAAGAUACAGGAAAUGGAAUGGAGAGCUGAUAGCAAUGAAACUUUGCAGAUGACAUCUGUUGGAGGAACCAAAGCGCCGUUAGCAAUCGGGACUCGAACAAGACCGACGAUAGAAACCGAUUACAUUCCUUAGAUUUCGAAAGGGUUCUUGUUAUUGUUGUUGUUGUUGAGUGAAUUUUUUUAUCUCUUGCUUUUGUGACUAUAAUUUUUCUGUUUAUAAUGAAUGAAUGAACUCAAAUGCUUUCUGUGACUAGCUCUAGAAAUUUAGAUAUUGUUAUUCAUUUGAAUUGCAUAGGAUUUGCUUAUAUCAUAUCAUGUAUAACCAACAAAAAUCAUUCUAUGGAACAUUAUAAUUGAUUUGGUUA